UCUUUCUUCUUAACUCCUUUCUCACCAUUCUCUUACUUCAUCUUUUUCAUUUCUACUCAUUUAUUAUUCAAUCAGAAUUUCUAAUUUAUUUUAAAAUAUACAAUUCACUAUCUCUCAUUAUUACGAUUCAAUCAAGAAUUGGGUUCCGCUGUUUCAUCGUGUGAAUUACUAGAGCGGUUGUUGAAGUAUUGUAGAUUUUAUCAGAAAAAUGGGGGAAAUUUGGUGGUCACUUUUGGGGGCAGCCAUCCCUGUGGUUAUUGCAGGACAAGCUUUUAGAGUGAAGAAAAAGAAUGCGAAAGAGCAGAGAUUAGCGAGCGCAAGGGGAAGAGAAAUGAAUUCCGAUGAGAUUUUCGUCUGCGAAAAGGUCUGUACUUCAAAGAGGAUGUUGAAAAAGGUUGGUUCUUUCUCAAAAGAUCCCGUUCCUGAUACUUGUGUUACUGUUUGUGGUGUGUCUGACCUUGAUGCAUGUGCUGAUGCUUGUGCCCGCACUGUCUGUGUUAACCAACAUCAAGUACCUAGUUGGAAUGACAUAUGUCUUAGGAGAUGCCAGAGUGAAUGUGUUAAACUGUCGUCUCAAUCUUAGAAGUUAGUUGCAUUUAGGCGAUGGAAUGUGUACUUUAUGUUUUGAGUUUUGUUAUGUUGGUUAAUGUUUCGGCUCAUUACGCUGCCAACUCCUGAAUCCAAAUUUAUUAUAAACGAUUAUCACACGCGCUACUGAAAAGUUAGGAGUUGUUUGUGUAUUA